ACUACCUUUGUCUUCCGAGUUGCGAUUUGUGAACAUCAAAUUUUUUCUGUCGCCAUUCUUUUUCAAAUAUUGCACGCUAGGGCAACAGAUUGUUUUUUAUAAAACCUAGUAAUUAUAGUUUCAUUUUUAAAACCCUCAAUAUAAUGGAUGAUGAAUGGGAUGAUUCUUGUGAUAUGGUGGUGAAUCCAGUUGUACCAGCAUAUAACCACUACAAUGAUGUGGAUGAAGGCCAUAGUGUGUCAGCCAUGGGCAGGGGCUUCACAACUUUUAUAGAUGAACAAGACGGCGGAUAUUUUAACAAAGACAGUAGCAACGGCUUUGGUGAACGGCGUGGACGCGGCGGGCGGGGAGGACGCGGGGGGCGCGGUGGACGAGGCGGGAAUCGAGAUCGAGGCGAUUAUGAAAAUGGCGACGCAGGCAAUUACAAUGGUGACAGAGAAGACAGAGGUGAAAGAGGUCGUGGGCGUGGCAGGGGCAGAGGUGGAAGUCGCGGCGGUGGACGAAUGGGCGGAGGUGAUUCUCCAACUGAAGGUGAUGGAGAAGUCAAGAAGCCAGAGCCAGUAACCUACAUACCACCAGACCCCACAGAGAAUGAAGUCGAAAUGUUCGGCAGUUCGAUUAGUUCAGGAAUAAAUUUUGACAAAUUCGAUCAUAUUGCUGUAAAGGUAACUGGCGAGAAUCCGCCCCAAGCAAUCGAAAGCUUUGAAAGAGCUAACCUUAGGAAAAUCGUUGUGGACAACGUAUUAAAAUCUGGAUAUAAAAAGCCCACGCCCAUACAGAAACAUGCCAUACCGAUCAUCAUGAAUGGCCGGGACUUGAUGGGAUGCGCACAAACGGGAUCAGGGAAGACUGCGGCGUUUCUCGUCCCCAUCAUCAACGCGUUGCUACAAGACAGUCGGGAACUAAUUGUAGGAGAAAAUGGUUGCGCUCAGCCGCAGGUGAUCAUAGUUUCUCCCACACGAGAGUUGACCUUACAAAUAUUUAAUGAGGCGAGGAAGUUUGCGUUCGGAACCGUUCUGAAAGUGGCUACAGCAUACGGCGGCACCGCUGUACGCCAUCAGAGCGAGCAGAUCUCCAGAGGUUGUCAUAUUCUGGUAGCCACUCCGGGGCGAUUACACGAUUUUGUAGACCGAAAUCGCAUCUCGUUCGAGAGUAUACGCUUCAUUGUGCUGGAUGAGGCUGACCGAAUGCUUGAUAUGGGUUUUAUACCAUCUAUUGAUAAAAUGAUGCAGAAUCCUACCAUGGUGCAAGGUACUGAUCGACAAACUCUGAUGUUCUCGGCAACGUUCCCUGAAGAUAUCCAGCACUUGGCUGGCCGUUUCCUCAACAACUAUCUAUUCGUGGCGGUCGGUAUUGUGGGCGGGGCCAGCGCGGACGUCGAACAAAUCUUCUAUGAGGUCUCCAAAUAUGAGAAAAAGACUAAAUUGCAAGAACUAGUUUCAGAUAAUGUUAAUAAACGCGUUUUGGUAUUCGUGGAGACAAAACGUAACGCAGACUUCAUAGCUUCGUUACUAUCUGAGCAGCAGAUGCUAACCACUUCUAUUCAUGGAGACCGACUUCAACGCGAAAGAGAAGAAGCUCUUCAUAACUUCAAGAGUGGUCGGCACGUCAUACUUGUUGCUACUGCUGUCGCGGCUAGGGGACUAGAUAUAAAGAACGUUGAUAUAGUUGUUAACUAUGACCUGCCAAAGAGUAUUGAUGAAUAUGUUCACCGUAUCGGGCGAACCGGACGAGUUGGAAAUCGAGGGAAGGCUGUCUCCUUCUAUGACUCAGAACAGGACUCGGCUCUGGCUGCUGACUUAGCCAAAAUUCUUCGUCAGGCAGAUCAAGCAGUGCCAGAUUUCCUUGAAGGAGGCGGCACUUCCACAUACAGGAGUAACAAGUAUGGAGGCAGUGAUAUCAGAAACUUCAACAAUGCCGUUUCUGCUGACCCUGGCCAGGAGCCAGAAGAAGAAUGGUAAUGAGUGAUUGUGUCAUUGGUGCUUGAGUACACCAAUUUACAUACAAAACUGGUGUCUCUUGUUAGCCCAGUGAAAUUUUCAAGUGUUUUUUUUUCCUCCUAAAACUGAAAUUCAAUAAAGUAGUAUUUAGAUAUUUUGAACUCUCAGUGUUUACAUCCAAUGUGGGCCUGUCAAUAAGUGCAUAGAGUGAACCAUUAUAUUAAAGACUGCAACAAAUUGUGACAAGUAUUGUUAGUUUAAGCUAUUAUUAAGUUCGCCAACCUUACAUGCAUAUUCUCCUGGAACUCUUUGUUGUACUAAUAUUUUCGUUAAGUGAUUAAAGUUUUUCUUACUAUAUUACGGUAACUUUAUGUGAUGUUAUGUUGCUCAUUUGAUGUUUAUACUCGAGCGAAUGGCUCAAAAUUUAGAGUUUGAAAAGGUGUAAUACUGAAGACCACUCAUUGUUAUAAAAGAAAUGGCCGUUGUGUGCCCUCUAAGGUACAGAAUUUUAUUUUUUAUUAAAAAAUUACCUUUAUCCAAAUUGUUAUAAUAAGCUCUAUGGCUAAUAGGACAUAUGAGUGGGCUUUAGUAAUCCUAGUGUUAUUGUUAAUAUUUUUUUCAAAUAGAUGUUUAUGAAAAACUAAGUGAAACUUCUUACGUUAUUACUUUCAUUACAUUUAUGUGAAUCUCAGGGAAUGCCUGUUUAUUCUAACAUUUGUACAAAUGUAACAAAUCAUAGGUUUACAUUAGACUGUGAUGAUUAUUUUAAGUAGAAUAGUCGAGCACCUAAGGUGUAUUUUGACAAAUACAACCACAACAGGGUUAACUUUCCCCAUGGCUAUUCAACGCGAAUAAAGUCAUAAUUCCCAUAUAAAGAUAGGUACAAAGAUUCUGUACAUUAAGAUAAAUAAGUAUAAGUAAUUGUUCUAAAACUUUUCUGAUUGGAACUUAAUAAAAGUACAAAUAA